AUGGGUGCUGCAUGGGACACCCAGCCCAUGCCACGCUCGGCUCCUCGCAGGGGCUUCAGCUAUGUGGACCUGGUGGAGGGUCUGCGGGAUGGACGCUUCUAUGCCCUGAAGCGCAUCCUGUGCCACGACAAGGAGGACCGCCAGGCUGCCCUGCACGAGGUAGAGAUGCACGGCCUCUUCGACCACCCCAACAUCCUGCGUCUGGAGGCCCACUGCAUGGUGGAGAAGGGCACCAAGCAUGAAGCCUGGCUUCUCCUGCCCUACGAAAAGGGGGGAACCCUCUGGAGCGAGGUGGAAGCACUGCAAGAGAAAGGGACCUUCAUGCCAGAGCAGCGGAUCCUUCUCAUCCUCCACGGCAUCUGCUGCGGGCUGCAAGCCAUCCACAGCAAGGGCUAUGCGCACAGGGACCUCAAGCCCACAAACGUGCUGCUGGAUGAGGAUGACCGGCCUGUGCUGAUGGACCUGGGCUCCAUGAACCAAGCUCACAUCGAAGUCAACAGCUCUCGGGAGGCCAUGGCCGUGCAGGACUGGGCCGCUCAGCGCUGCACCAUCUCCUACCGUGCCCCUGAGCUCUUCACGGUGCCGAGCCAGUGCGUCAUAGACGAGCGCACAGAUAUCUGGUCCCUAGGCUGCGUGCUGUACUGCAUGAUGUUUGGGGAGGGCCCCUACGACGCCAUCUUCCAGAAGGGCGACAGUGUGGCUCUGGCAGUGCAGAACCCCAUCGCCAUGCCCCCCACGACCAGGUACUCGGCUGCCUUGCAACACCUGCUCUCCUCCAUGAUGACGCUGAACCCCCAGGAGCGGCCCAGCAUAAAUGACAUCCUCCACCAGCUGGAGGGGCUGCAGCCAGCGCCGGUGGGCCAGGACACCACGCAGAUCUGA